UUUGUUCUUGAACCUUGGACAAAAGAUAACCGAUCGUUGGGAGCACGCCACACGGUCACUCCGCUGUCGGAGCCCGUUUAACUUACACGUUGUGCAAAUACAUUGCUUGUUUUAUAAGUGAUUUACGAAAUACCAACUGUGGUUUUGAUUUUUACGAAGAUAAAUUUGAAUUCAGCCAUUAUCACGGAAUAAAAUACAGGAGAAAGUCAUUAUGGCUGAAACACAAAUUGGGCUACGUGAGCGACUGCGAAAGGAGUUUUACACUUAUUGCGCAUUUUGCAUAGCAGUGUCUGCGCUACCAGCUUUAGCAUUUUCAUACGUUGUGGUCCGUUUAAGCAAGAAAUUAUGGCUGAAACUUUUGUCAAGCCGAUAUCCCACGCUGGAGUUCAUCAGAACGGAUACUGUACGAUCACUUCUAGACACUCACAGAAAUCAGGGUAUCAUUAAUGUGUUAUUGUGUAUAAAAGGUACAAUGAAUGUGGAAGAAAUUCGUGAGAGUCUUGUAAACCAUGUUAUCAAUCGCCGUGAUGAUACAGAAAGUCUAAUGUUUCCAAGAUUACGCCAUCUCCUGGUAUCGUGUUGGGGAAACUACGCCUGGGAUGUUAACGUACCGUUCAGGCUAGAAAAUCAUUUCAUCGUAGCCGGCGGUAUUCACCGCGGUCGGCCAGUCAAUGAAAACAACAUUCAAGGUUACGCCAGCGAUAUUAUAUCAAAGUAUUUCCCGAGUGACCAACCACCUUGGCAGUUUAUAUUAAUUCCAUGCGUCUCUAUUGAACCAAAGUAUUAUAUUUUAGUUAGGGUCCAUCAUUUACUUCUGACGGGUAAGAAAUCGCUGAAUAUAGGCGAUUUAUUGUUAGUAGAACAACUGCCAGAAUCUCGUUUAGUUGAAGCAAGUAACCAAGAGCAUAGUCCCUUGACAAAUUUAUUUCCUGCACCAUCUGCAAUACCAGAACUAUGGGAAAAGAUUAAUGAAACAUUGUCAAACGUUUGGAAUGAAUUUAUAUCUGAAUACGAUCCCACUGAGAGCACUCAAUGUAGAAAAAGUUUGCCGGGAAUAUUUCAUGUAGCGGGUAUGAUAGUCAUUUCUGCGACAAACGCUUUCAGAGACAUAACAAAAAAGAAGUCAUUCAGUGAAGAUCCUCAUCCGGUGAGAACAGUUACGGCGUUCUUAAAUGAACUUCAGAGAGAAUGUUAUAAGAGAAAUUUAACAGUGCCAAAGAUUCUUGUAUCACCUGCUGUGACUUUUGAUCCUAGAAAGUGGCCAGGGAAAUGCCUUCAGGCAUCCUACUCAGCUACGCGAAUGAUUUUCAAAUUGCCAUCUACGAUAUGGGGUGAACUUGUUGCAUUAAAUGAUCUCCGAACAACUGGCCAUGUGAGAUAUGUAAACACCUUAACAUGGAAGUACGGAGAUCUAGGUAAAUUAUGGGUGAAGGCUACGAUAGAAGCUUUGAAAGGUGCCAUUCAGAUGUAUCGAGCUCCAGCUAACUUCUGGACUAAUACUAUUGGAGCUGAUGAUGGUAAACGAAAUAUAUUGCAGACAUCAUCAUUAUGUGGAAGAAAAGUUACUUCAUGGUCUCGCCCAGUGUCUCGUGUGGGUAUGGAGAGAGCUGCAAAAGCGCUGGGUGUGUCAACAACAGACAUAGCUCUAUUCGCUACAACGGAAGCUUUACGUGCCUUCUUUGAAAACACACAGAACGAGACUCCAGAUAGCGUUUUGAUAACUGCGAGAGCUGCUUGUGAGAAUUUCCUUUAUACCUUCGCAGAAGGCAACGGCAAGAAUUUCAAAAAAUCUCAAACUGGAGGUAUGGUAUGUCUUUCACUACCGAUUGGAGCAAGUCCGCGGCGCAUAGCUGCAUCUAUAGAAGAUGCCUGCAAACAACAACGAGUCUUAGCAGCAGCGUGGGCUGCCCAAGCUCGAUGCGGAGCCCUAACAAGAUCCGUGCCCUCGCCUCUAGCGAGAUUAACCUUAAACGUUUUAUCUAGAAGGUAUGCAGUUUCUUACGCAGAAAUCAAUUCCCCAAUGGACAGUAGACCAAGAAACACAAUGUGGGGACAAACUGUAGACAAUGUCAUAUACUGGAGACCGCCUCAAGCAAAUAUCAGUAUGUCCUUAACAAUAAUUCAAUACGCGAACAGCGUGCAACUGGCUGUUAUGGCUGAUGCUCGACUAACACCUAACCACAUUGUACCCGCGACCCGAUGGUCUGUUGUGGUAGAGAAGCUUAUACAUAAAAUAGACCAAGAGAUUUGUAGAAUAACCGGCCAAUUACAACAAUCUUUGGACCACGUACCAACUAUUAUUGUCCCAGAUGAUUCUCAGGAGGAAUUAAGUUCUGAAGACCGAGGGGGAGAAGGUUCAGAUCAAGGUCUACGACCACCAAGUCCUGUGGCUGUCAGUCCACCGCCAAUUCGAAAACGUGUUAUAGAAAAAUGAACCUUAAUCCUUAAGAAUUAGUUUUAACGUAUUAAAUAGUGCUGAUGGUCUUCUAUUAACAGAUAGCCACAGCUAGUCUGAACCGAAGAAUGCUUUAAUUUUAUUGUUUGUUACAAGUUCAUUCAAUUCUAGGUGUUUUCUAUGAGGUGUAAAAAAUCUAUGUGAAGCGAUAAAUCACAAGUCUUAUACGUACUUAUAUUUUAAAAUAUAGAUUUAUAUAUGCAUAUUUAUGUAAUCGUUGUUGGUGUCCGUGAUAUGAGAUAUAUUGUUAAUGAAAUUUUUAUGAAAAAGAUAUAAAAAUAGCUAUUAUUAGCAUAACAAACGAAAGAAUUCCUUAAGCAGAACAUUCUAGAACCUAUGUCCUUAGUUACCAGUUCACAAGGUUUAAAGGCCAUUACUUUCAGCGUCUUUUUUUUUAUUUAUUUCAUACAAUCAUAUAACUGAAGAUUAAAUAAUGAAACACCUAAAAUUUUUCUUUUUAAUGUUAAAUUAUACUCAAUCAUUGUUGUAAAUAGCUUUAGAAAUAUCGACUGAUCAUUAUUCGGUAUUUCAACCAUUUAAAAUACAAUGUUUUUUCUAUACAAAAUUUUUCCUCUCAGAUAUUUAUGUAGAUGAAAAUUAUUAAUAUAUAACAUUUUAUUAC